AUGUCUGGCUGUGGAUGCGCUUCUUCUGGCUCUUGCGGCUGCGGCUCUAGCUGCACCUGCGCCGGCUGCCCUUGUCGUAAUCAUGCUGUGAGCCUUCUUGGACGAUAA